AUGUUCGACUGGUUCAAGUCUUCCAACAAGGAGCCUGCUACCCAGCAGCCCACCUGGAACCCCAACACCAUGACCAUGCAGCAGCCUUCCGCCCCGGAAGCUCCCGUUACCGAGCAGGUCGUCACCGGUCAACCCGGCCAGCAAGAGACGAUGCAGAUGGGCUUGCGUGGUGGUGGUGAGGGCGAGGAUGUUUGCUGUGGCGUCCUGGAGACUGAAGUGAUAGAAGAAUAUUUACAAUACCUGGUGGUCUCUACCAAGGAACGUUAUGGUUCAUUUGAUGCAUUGGCCCACACAGUGAAAGGCCAAGGCAAAGGAACACCUGCCAAGAUCGCAGUGGUUGCGGAUUUGUUGUCGAUCCCGUUGACCAAAAAGCUUAUCAAUAGCACUUCAUCAGAGGAACAUCGUACAGUUAGAAGGUUCUAA